AUGCGUUCAUUCAUUUCAAUCGCCGCCGCCGCGGUGGUCUCUUUUCCUUUUGCCAUUGCAGCGCCCAAACCCCAGAAUCUAGAUACCAACUACUACAAGCCAGAGCAAGUCAUCAACACCGAUGUUAUAAUCAUCGGAGCAGGUGGCGCGGGGUGCUACUCUGCCAUCCAACUCAAGGACGCCGGAAAGAAGGUUGUGGUCAUUGAAUCCAAGGACCGCGCCGGAGGUCACACGGAGACCUUCUUCGAUCCUGAGACCAAACUUCCCAUUGACAUUGGUGUGAAGCUGUACCAUGACGAGCCUCUGGUGCAUAAGUGGUUUGCCCGUUUCGGCCUCACCACUACCCAGACUGCCAUCCCUCUUUCCAACGCCCAGAACGUUGACUUGAGGACCGGCCGCGUCCUACAAGGUCUACCUGCUGUCAACCAAGCAGCUCUCAGCGCUGCUAUCCAACGGUAUGCCGCUGCCAUCUCACAGUGGCCCGAACUGGAUGCCGGCUUCUACCUCCCCGACCCGGUUCCCGAAGACCUAUUGCUCCCCUUUGGCCAGUUUGCUCAAAAGUACAACAUCACUGAUGCCGUACAAACCAUUUACAUGCUUACCCCUGCAUUUGGUGAUCUUGCUGAGAUCCCCACUCUGCAGGUAAUUCGUACCUUCUCCCUGAGCCUUGUCAAGACUCUGCAAAACUUCCAAACCAGCUCGGUCAUGAACAACAGUCUCCUCUUCCAGAAACUCACUGCCGAACUCCUCGCCUCCAACUCUCUCCUCCUCUCCUCCAGGGUAGUCAAGACAGCCCGUGUCAGCAAGAUCGACGGCCGCGUCCGAGUCCUUGUCGAAACCCCCAAAGGCACGCGUCUCAUCAUCGCCAAAAAGAUCCUCAUCACCGCACCCCCGACCACUUCCAACCUCGCGCCCCUCGACGCCAGCGGCGACGAACUCAAACUCUUCACCCAAUUCACCUCGGUCAACUACUUCACCACAAUCGUCAAAAACGCCUUCCCCGGCAACACAUCGGCCAAAUCCGCCAUCCUCGCUGACAUCAACCGCUACCGCGCUGCCAACGGCAUCACGGGACCCGAACCCGAGAUUCUCGUUGCGUCGGCCCACAAUCCGUUUAACUUGAUGGUUGGCGCUGAGGCGACGCGGAAUGGGUUCUACAAGAAGUUGUAUGGCUUGCAGAGCAAGCGGAACACUUUCUGGGCUAGUGCUACGUUCAGGGCUCAUGAUAGCUCGGCUACUUGGGCGUAUAUUAGUCGGAGUGUUUUGCCUGGUUUGCUUGCUAGUUUGUAA